UCCGAGGCAGAGCCCGAGCUGGUGGCUGUUUCAAUCAAAGCGAAGGCAGAGAGGGGAAGGGAGGCUCUGCGGAGAGAUGUAAGAUGGCAGAGCUACAAAUGUUGUUAGAGGAAGAGAUUCCGGCCGGUAAAAGAGCGCUCGUAGAGAGUUACCAAAACCUCACCAGAGUAGCAGACUACUGCGAGAACAAUUAUGUCCAGGCCCAGGACAAGAGGAAAGCUCUGGAGGAGACCAAAGCCUACACUACCCAGUCCCUGGCCAGCGUAGCCUACCAGAUCAAUGCCUUAGCCAACAAUGUACUGCAGCUGCUGGACAUCCAGGCUUCGCAGCUGCGACGCAUGGAGUCCUCCAUCAACCACAUCUCCCAGACCGUCGACAUCCAUAAGGAGAAGGUUGCCAGGCGGGAGAUCGGGAUCCUGACCACCAACAAGAACACGUCGAGGACCCAUAAGAUCAUAGCACCGGCUAAUAUGGAGCGGCCUGUCAGGUACAUCCGGAAGCCUAUUGACUACACUGUACUGGACGAUGUCGGCCAUGGUGUUAAGUGGUUAAAAGCCAAGCAACAUGGUAACAAUCAGUCAAUUAGAGGAGGAACGCUAUCGAGGACCAAUCCGCCGACGCAGAAGCCACCGAGCCCUCCCAUGUCGGGGCGUGGCACGCUCGGACGCAACACGCCCUACAAGACCCUGGAGCCGGUGAAGCCGCCCACGGUGCCCAACGACUACAUGACCAGCCCCGCCCGAAUAGGCAGCCAGCAUGGCCAGCAGCACAGCCCUGGACGCACGGCGUCGCUCAACCAGAGGCAACGCACACACAGUGGAAGCAGCGGGGGCAGCAGCAGCAGGGAGAACAGCGGCAGCAGCGGAAUUGGCAUUCCCAUCGCGGUGCCUACACCCUCCAUUCCCAUUUCUGGACCAGCGGUGGCCCCUGGGCCUGGUCUGGGCCCCGCUCCAAUGUCCCAGUUUGGAACCAUCUCGCGGCAGAUUUCGCGGCACAACCCCUCCAACUCCUCUGUCUCUAUGGUUUCGGCCACGGGCACCUACCGUCGGGCGCCGUCGGUCACUUCCCAGUUCUCCUUGCAGCAGCAGCAGCAACUACAACAGCAGCAGCAACUACAGCAGCAGCAGCAGCAACAGCAGCAGCAACAACAACAACAACAACCACAACCGCAGCAGCAGCAACUACAGCAGCCUCAUAUUAACGGAGGCACUCCUGGCUAUGGCCAGAACUCAAUGUCUAUCGCUCCUCCUCCUCCCCCCAUGCCCCAGCUGACUCCACAGAUACCUCUGACUGGCUUUGUGGCCAGGAUGCAGGAGAGCAUUGCAGAUACUCCUACUCCGCCUCCCCCUCCCCCUCCGGACGACAUGCCCAUGUUUGACGACUCUCCUCCCCCUCCGCCGCCGCCGCCGGUGGACUAUGAGGAGGAGGAUGCUGCUGUCGUGCAAUACAACGACCCUUACGCUGAUGGAGACCCACAGUGGGCUCCCAAGAACUACAUCGAGAAAGUGGUGGCCAUCUACGACUACGCCAAGGACAAGGAUGACGAGCUGAGUUUCAUGGAGGGGGCGAUCAUUUAUGUCAUCAAGAAGAACGACGACGGCUGGUUCGAGGGCGUCUGCAACGGCGUCACCGGCCUCUUCCCCGGCAACUACGUGGAGUCCAUCAUGCACUAUGCCGACUGAAGGGACCUCACGGUAACAGUACAGUCUAUUUAUUCAGUCAUAUCAUAAUCCACUGAGAGACUGACAGCAGCAACGUUGACUCCUGAAACUGUAAUGUUCCCCUUUUGAUAUGACAGAAUGUUCUUUCCCUAACUGAUUGCAAAUAAAAUGAAAAGUAAUAUCUAUUUAGUUUAUUUUGGUGUUAUAUGGGUGGGCGGGGGACAUUUAUGGAAUAUGUAAACCAAACAAACAAAGUUUCUAAACAAUUGGACUGCACGUGUUCUCGCAGGUUGAACUCAAGAAGACGGUCGCACAGCUGAAGGUUGUACGAGAUUUGCGAUUCGGAACCGAAUCCUUUAUGAACAAGAGUAUUAGGUUUUUAUGGAACAAAAUAAACUGUUAAUGUCACGUACGCACCUUCAGUUCUAGUGUUUGCACUGUCAGUUGUAUAUAAUGUGAGCCGCAGCCACUUGGGUUUCUGUAAUGUAAAUUCAGUGAAUGUCGAUUAUAUGAUAGUUUUCAUUAGUGGUGCCCUCCUCGACGCCGUAAGACCCAUUUGUAUGGAAAAUACACACAGAUGGCCUGUCAAUAAUUUACAAAUUUAAAUACUGUAAAUGCUAUUUUAAAGCAACAAUUACUCCUGAAAAUCAGUCUUGGCGUUAAAGCAUGCAAAAUUUUAAGAGAUAUAAUGUAAUCUUAAUUUUACUGUCAUUAUGCUUCCAUUAUGUUGUAAGUGUAUUCACCUUUUUUAAUUUUUAUUCCACUGUUGUAGUCACUAAACUUUUUAGACUGAAGUUUCGGGCUUUCCCAUGGUCUCACCUUUUAAAUGCCCAUUUGCAUUCGAACUAAAAAAAAAUCCUAAAACUGAAAUGGAGUUUGGUCCGUCACGAGUUUAGAUCUGUCUGAAGCAGGAAAACACAUUCCUUUAUUUUUUUUUUUUUUGUGGGCUCAUUAUCGAGCAUUUUAAGAUCAUUUAUGUCACAUCCUUGUUAUUAAUUAUAUACCAAUCCACAAAAUCUGUAGGAUCCAUUGAUAACUGGCAAUAAUGGAUAGGCAGCAGGGGGUGUGCAGUGACAGUUCAACUGGAAUUGUCAUGCCUGACACUGCCAUGCGACAAUUCAGAUGUAGUAGACCAAUAAACAACUCUAAUACCUCCUCAGUCUUCUCAAAGCAACAACGACCUGCUCUGGGUUCAAGGACCAUGUUGAAUGCUCUGAACAUGAAAUCCUCUGGGCUGCACAGGUGUACAUAUUUAACUCAAAGUCAAAUCAGCCAAUCACUAUUAGGUUUCACUCAGGUCUUGGAAUCAUCUCGACAACAUUGUGGUUUUUUUUGUUUUUUUUUCUGUUAGCCCUAGAACAUUCAUCUAACAUGAUCUUGACUUUCCAAUGCAAGGUUAACCUGCAGUGGUCACCAUUUACCAUUUCAGGAUACUGCAGCUAUUGCCUUGAUAUUUUUGCCCCAUUGCUUUAGAAUUUCCAAUUUAAAUUAAAAAAAAAAAAAAAAAAAAUUUCUGGCUCAAUUUCAUGGAUAGCAAAUAUUGAAAGCUAUCUCUGUCUGCCCUUCAUUUGUACAUAUAAAAUGUUGAUUGAAAAAUUAAUGUACAGUCUUUUAUAAUAAA